AUGUUGUUGUUGUUGAGAUUGUUGUUGUUGUUAUUGUUGUUGUUGAGAGCCGUGGCAAAACGUCGAGAUCCCCACUGGAAUCGAACCUGGGACUGUACGAACCCAAACCUCGAAGGUCUCCUGGAUUAUCAGAAAAAAAUCUGCAUAAAGAACCUUGACCUUAUGAGCGGUGUGGUCCAUGCCUCGCUGCAGACGGCCCAGACCUGUCAAGAACUUUUUAUCGAUAGUAGGUGGAAUUGCUCCAAUAUACUACAGGCACCCAGGUACAUGCCGGAUUUGACUGGAGGCAGUCGUGAACAAGCAGUAGUCUACGCUUUGGCUUCGGCGUCUCUGGUUCAGUCAAUCGCAAAAACUUGCAGCAGUGGCUACAGCACGAAAUGUAGUUGUGGUCGGCAUCCGUUCGAUGAGCCACCAGCGACUGAUUUCAAGUGGGGUGGCUGUGGCGAUGACGUUCGCUUCUCUGUCGAUUUUUCGCACAAGUUUACUGAUAAGUUUUGGCAGAAAAAGUUAAAAGAAAAGAAGUUGAAAAAGUUGGCAAUGAUUAAUUUACACAACAACAGAGUUGGUCGGCAGAUAAUGUCAACCAGCCUAGGAACCUCCUGCAAAUGCCACGGUGUCUCCGGAUCGUGCUCGGUCAAAACCUGCUGGAAAUCCCUACCAGACCUCAAAACCAUCGGAGCCCUCCUCGUCCACCAGUACGCCAUUGCGGUGGAGGUCGACCUCAGAAGACCCAGGGUCAAGAACGAUGACGUCACAGUCGGGGGAAAGAGGGGCGGUCGCAGUGGCGACAAGCAGCAGCAACAAAUGUCCAACAGUUUCUGGUUGGAUCACGAGGAGAAAUGGAUCGACUUCGACUACGGCGGUGAGGAAGCCUUGAUAAUGGCGAUGAACAACAACAACAACAAUAAUAAUAAUAAUAACCAAAAUGGCAUUAAUAACAUCAACGCUAACAACAACAACAACAACCAUAUGAACAACGAUUACAACGAGUAUGAUUACGGUGUAGACGUGCGAGUGAUGAAGGCAAAAAGUGCACCGCCAUCGCCACCAUCGUUAUCGAACAAAAAAAAUAAUAAGAAUAAUAAAAAUAAAAAUAAUAAAAACAAAAAAGAUGUGAAAAAGGUUUUAGUACCGAUCCUACCAUUUAGGAAAAACUUCUCUGAGAACGACCUCCUCUUCAUAACGAAGUCUCCGGAUUACUGCCUGCCGGAACCUAGUCUUGGGUCCAUCGGGACGAAGGGAAGAGAAUGUUCUAGGACAGAAGACGGCUCUGGCGGCUGUAAAUCCAUGUGCUGUGGUCGCGGCUUCACGAGCGAGGAGGUGGAAAUUCAGUACAGAUGCGACUGCAAGUACUACUGGUGCUGCUACGUUAAGUGUAAGACGUGCUACAAAGUUGUCGAGAUCAACAGGUGUCGGUAAUUUGGUGCAUUGUUGAGGGAAUCGGUGCAUUGAUGAGUGAAUUGGUUGGUGAGUUAGAAGAUGGGUGAAUGGUGAAUGAAUUAGUGAAUGAACUGAUAAUGGAUGUUUGAAUGUGUAUGUGAAAUGGGUUAUUGAGAUAAAUAGAUGUUGAUGAUUUGGGUGAGUGAAUGAAUGAAUGAUGAAUGGAUGCAUGUCUUAUGGAAUGUUUGUAUAUAUGUGCGUAUAAACAAACAAAGUUGUUUGUAUCAAUGGCCUCUUAAUUUGUAUUUUUGUAUUUCUGUGUUUUAUAUAUAAUAUAUAUAUAUAUAUAUAUAUAUAUAUAUAUAUAUAGUUGUUAAUUAUGUUAAUUUAUUACAGCACGAAUCGUCACUUCUGACGUCACGCAUUUUUUUCUACUUUUUUUUUCCUAAAUCUUGGUGGUUCAUUAUGAAUCGUCUUCGUUUAAUUUCUCUUAUGAUAGUUAAUAAAUUAAAAAAAUAAUUAUAACAAUAAUAAUAAUAAUAAUAUUUGGAACAUGAAUAUUGAUAACAAUAUGAGUAAUAAUAAUAAUAAAUAAUAAUAAAUAACAAUAAUAAUAGAAUGAAUAAAUAUACUUUUGAGCGUUUUUUCUGUUUGAUCUCAUUGUAGAGUGAUUAGUCAAAUAAAUAAAUAAAUAAAUUAAUUAUUUAUUUAUUUAAUAAUAAUAUCAAUAAAAAUAAUUUAACAAAAAUC